GGCCCGGGUACCAGAAAGUCACCCGACGUCCACGAGACCGCGACCACGAGAUAGCUGUCCUCGACACGAGCAGCAGAGCAGCAAGACAAGAGAGAACAUGAAGACGUCGCUGGCGACCCGGGCUGUGGCGGCGGUGCUGGUGCUAGCGCUUCUGGCGGACCAGCGAGCACACGGCCUGCCCUACAGGAGGAAGCGAACGUCCGACCAGCGAAUGGCCGAGCUGGAGGCGUACCUGGGCAUGUCCAAGCUCAAGGGACAGAUGAUAACCGUGCCCAUCGGCUUCGGGAGAGUCAACCUCGACCAGAUAGGCCGCCGCCGGCGCUCCGCGAUACCCCACGGCCUGCGAGAGCUGAUGGACUCGAGCCGGCCGCACGACGCCAGCGACGAGACGCUGGGCGACCUGCUGCAGGACGUCGAGAAGUCCAGGCCGUACCAGUGGGACGCGUACUGACGCGCUGGCCCCCAGCCGCUCCUCUGUCCCCCGAGAGUCAGUCCCUAAUCUCCCCCUGUCGCAGGUCGCCUGCCAAGCUCUGUGUUCCGUGUGUACCUUCCCCAGUGCUGUCCUUCCAUCUCGAACAACGUGCUCGACCUGCAAGUACCCUCGCUUCACGAGAGUGCUCACAGUUUACCAUCAUCUCAUUUUCUGUAGUUUCAUUCCAGUUGUUCUUUAAAUGUUAUUCAUUACUUUGUAAUGAGGUGAUAGUACUUACACAAAUGGCACAUAUUAUUUUAAAAAAAAAAAUCCUUAAAUUAUUUUAUAGAAUUAUUUAUUUCCUCUCUAUGUGAGAAGAUAUUAAUUGCUCUCUGGUUGAAUGUCAUUAUAAUGUAUUUUAUAUGUCUUAAAUAAUUCAGUAUUAUCAUUUUUGAAGUUUCAUCAGACAGUAAAAAUAUAUUGCAUUACUUCUAUCAUUCUCCGAGGGAUAAAAAAAAGAGCAUCGUAGUGUUAAUUUUUACCAAUAGCAGCAUCUAUCAAAAUUUUUUUUUUUUAAUGGAUAAUACCAGUCAGAAUUAAGUUCUGUAUUCUGCACAAGUAAGAGGCCAAUUUAAAUAAUUCCAGCAGUACAAUACAUGUCAACAGUCUGCACUGUAUUGAUUUUGUACCUUUGAAAUGAAAAACACAGUAAAAACAAAAUAAAUAUCUAGCAUGAUAAUGUAAGUAAGCUCUUCACUGUUGUUCCUAUUGUAAGAUGUGAAUUAGAUGUGUAAAAUCAGUCAUCUUAAGAUAAAAUAUUCUUGUAUUAGCAAUUACUUAUAAAACAUAUUAUGAAAAUUUGUUUAAAAUUAAGAAAUGUACUUCUUAGAAAGCUUGUGUUCAAAUUAUGUUACAUGUUUUGGAGAAAACUGCAUUUGUACCACUACAAACACAGUAUUUUAAGUGUCGCCAGUAUUUCAAUACAAAAGUUGUGAAUUUGCAAAGUAUUUUAAUUGCAGGGCCGUAGUAUGUCAAGCAUUUAAAUGGUUGAGGUUAAAAAUUUUAAAAGGAAAAAAAGACUGAGCUACUAACUAAAAAAUAAUUAUAUUGUACUUGUCACAAGUUAUGGAAGUAUGUAUUAAAAUGUAAACUAUCAGUAUUAAUUAUGUUAAUUUAUAUGUUUUUUACAUAAUUUAAAUGUAUGUAUUUAUUUAAGAACUGUAUGUGAUUAUUUAUUGACUAUUUAAUUUUCUUAGACUUUUAUUAUAAUUUAUUAUGUAUGUAUUUAUUUUAAAUUUUUAAAUGUACUAUAAAACUAAUGUUAUAUCAAUAAAUUAUAAAACAAAAA